AAAAGUCGAAAAUGAGGAAAAUGAUAAUAUUUCAUUUGAAUCUGAACAACUUGUUUUUAGUCAUAAAAAUGUUGAUGAGAGUGAUUAUGAUAAUAGUAAAUUAUAUAAAUUAGAUAAUUUAUUAGAUUUUGAUACUAUUAUUAAAUGUGUUGCUAUAAAUGAUCUUGAUGUUUGGAUUCUUAUUUUGGGAUUUUCUGUUUAUUGUGAAUUCAAGAUUAAUAAUGAGAAUGAACAAAAUGAUAAAACAAAAAUACAAAAAAUACUUGGUUUUAUAACAUCUUUAAAUUAUGCAAGUUGGACUAUAGAUACUAAAGAUAAUAAAGAUGAAAGAUAUGAGAUAUUUGAUUUAUAUGAAGAUAAUAUUUCAACACUUUAUUCAGUUUUCAUUGCACCAAGAACUCAGGUUAUUAUUGAUGGAAUUAAAAGAGGAUUUUCAUUAUCUAAAACUUUUAAAACGAAUAGAACAUUAUCUAAAGAUAUGUAUCAAAAUAAAUUAAAUUAUUCAACAUUAAAAUUUGAAGAUGAUUUUGAUGCAUAUAUAUUAAUAGUUUCUACUGAAUUUGUACAAGAUCGAGCAUUUAUGGGUGUAUUUGUAUUUUUUAAAGGAUGUGAAAUAAAACCAUUUUAUAUUGCAGCAAUUUUAUUACAAAAUAAUGAAUUUCUUGUAGAGUAUAAAAACAAUAAUUGUGAUUUAGAUUUAGUAUACACUAAAACUCAAGAUGAAUUUUUUUUAGUUAAAGCACAAUUAUAUAAUAAUUUUUGA